AUGCCUUUGUCUUUAGAUCAAAGGAUCGACGCCGUCUCCAAUGAGCUCCAGUCUAUUGGACGACUGGUAGCUGAGGAUGAGAAUGCCCGAAAGAAAGUACUAGGCAUUGUUACGAAGGCCGUGGCCGACUUUGAGACCCCUGUCGAGACGGUCUGGAAAAUGAUCAUGUCGCCACAUGCCCCAUCUGCCUUGAUGGUGUUAAUUCGAAUGGGUGUAGUGGCAAAGCUGGCCGAGGCUAAGCAACCUAUGAAGGCGAAAGAUCUGGCAAUCGUUUCCGGCGCUGCUGAACUUCUAAUCAUUAGAAUGAUGAGGCCAUUGGUGGCACUGGGUGUAUUCACCGAGACUGAGCCUCAUACAUAUACUUCCACACCCAUUUCCGAGGUACUCACCACUCCUCCGCUACUAGGUGGCUACCAAUUUAUGUGA